AUGGUGUUUUCUGAUAUCACAGCUGAUAUUGUUGAUGUUGCACCACCAUCUGAAGUGGUGGUGCCCUCUCGAGCCAAGAACCCAUCUCCUCUUUCGAUUGAUUCGUCUCUGACGGCUAGGGAAAAAUCAAAAUCUGUUUCAUCUUCUUUCAAAGUUGUUGCUGCUGGGUUACUCAAACUGCCCUUGAAGCCGAGCCAGUCCAAGAAAAAUUCUAUGGCUCCCAAAAGGAAAUUGGGAUUGGACACGUCUUCUUCCCCCUUGACUGCUGCCAAGAAAAUAUUGAAGGCUUAUCCCCCUUCUCUGUCUUCCUCCGAAUCUGACCCUGAGGAAGGAAAGUCUGAAUCUGAAGCAACCCGUGACACCACCUUAUCUGAUGAAACGGUUCCUGACAAUGCAGAAUCAGAGGUUGAGUCUGAUGAGCCAGAACAAGAAGACAUUGUCCCCUCUGAACAAGAAGCCGAAUCUGACUCAGAGCCAGUUGCAUCUCCUUUGUCAUCCAAGGCUAAAGUGAAGAGACCUAUUUUUGAUCCUACACCUUCUCCAAAACGUUCAGGUGUAAAUUUCAAACCUUAUUCUUCAACUUUUUGUUAUAAUGAUAAUGCUCGUGAUAUGACUCUCCAUGCUCAAAGGAAAUUUAUUAUUGAGAGAAAUUAUGUCUUGAGUGAUCAUCGGCCUUAUGGUGUGCUAACAAUGCUUCAAGAUCGAAAAUGGACAAGUUCUUUGGUUAAAUUUACUGUGUUUGUUAGGGGCCAUUGGUUCUCUUUUGCUCCUCAAGACAUUGCCCAUGCUUUGCAUCUUCCUCUUGAUUUCGAGGACGAUGAUGAUCUUGCCUCUCUUGACAAGGAUAUGGUUAUCACUGAAUUAGUAGGGCAAAAAAUGGUAUGGCCAUCUAAUACAGUCAUCUCGGUCUCUAAUCUCACCUACACUUAUGCUGUCCUCCAUAAGUUUGGCACAACAAAUUGGAAGCCAACUUCUCACACCGCAACUAUCUCUUUUGACAUGGCUUCGUUUUUGUACAAGGUGGGGACCGGUAUUGGUAUAAAUUUGGCUAUGGUUAUUCAUGAUCAAAUCAUUGGGUUUCGAAAAGCCACUGAUGCUCCAUCAACCAAGAAAGUCAAGCCUCAAUCUCUGAAGUUUGCCUCGGAUGACAUUCCUCAUGCAUCCUCCUCUGUUGCCACAGAUUCAGGACUUGUUGCUACAGAAAUAGCUGCUGUUCAAGCCUUUGUUGAAUCCUUGGCUACUCGAGUGAUGUCAAUUGAAGGACUGCAACAUUCUAUGUUGGAUGCUGUUCAAACUCUGUCCAAGGAUCCAGUCGUCUAG